AUGACUGCCCUCAAAGCAUCUGGGCUAGAAAUGCAGGACAAGGUGCUCCAACUCAUGGAGCGAGAUGCUAUUCCGGACCAUGACCGAAAGGCAGGAACAGCUGUGGAUGAUAGUGACAUGCAGCGGAUGGGAAAGGCCCAGGAGUUUAAGAGAAACCUACGACCUGUGGCUGCUUUAAGUUUUGCGUCGGUUUUGCAAGCAACAUGGGAGUUUAUUCUCAUCUCUAACUACGAAGGCUUGUAUAACGGAGGCUUGCCAGGCCUAUUUUAUUCUUAUCUAUGGACAUUCAUUGGAUUUGGCUUCAUUAUCGCCUCGAUCUCUGAAAUGGCAUCAAUGGCUCCAACUUCUGGCGGACAAUACCAUUGGGUUUCUGAGUGGUCCUCGCCUCGAUACCAGAAGUUCCUAAGUUAUAUUACAGGCUGGAUGUCAGUACUGGCAUGGCAAGCUGGAGCAGCCUCUGGAUCAUUUCUCACUGGAACUAUCAUCCAGGGAUUGAUCAGCGUCCGGAACCCGGAUUAUGACCCCCAGGGCUGGCAGGGCACGCUAUUUGUCUUUGCGAUGGUCUUGGUGAUUUAUAUCUUCAAUGUCUAUGGGUCCGAUGUGAUGCCAGUACUGAACAAUCUUUUGAUGAUUCUUCAUGUUGUAUCCUGGGCUGUGAUUCUGAUUGUCCUAUGGGUUAUGGCACCGCACCAGUCCGCCGAAGCUGUGUUCGUUACACAGUGGAAGAAUCUUGGUGGUUGGUCUACGAUGGGGCUGAGUGUGAUGGUUGGACAGAUCUCUGCUAUCUAUGGCUCUCUGAGCUCCGAUGCAACGGCGCAUAUGUCCGAAGAGGUCAAAGACGCAGCUCGAAACGUGCCUAUUGCCAUGGCCUGGGGCUACUUUAGCAACGGCCUCAUGGCCAUCGUCAUGAUCGUCGCAUAUCUCUUCGCCACGCCGUCCGUGGAAGACUCCCUAGACGAUGCCACCGGUUUUCCGUUCCUCUACGUCUUCCAAAAGGCAACUUCAAUCGCAGGAGCGAAUGGACUAACGGCGAUUAUCCUACUCCCCGUGAUCUUUAGUAAUAUCCUCUUCAACGCUUCCACCUCGCGGCAGACCUUUGCCUUUGCCCGUGAUCAGGGUCUCCCAUUUGCGAAAUGGAUCGGCAAAGUGGACGCUAAGCGCAAGAUUCCUGUCAAUGCCAUCGCCCUCUCCUGUGUUAUCAGCUGCGCGUUAUCACUUAUCAACAUCGGAUCCGAGACUGCAUUUAACGCUAUUAUAUCUCUCAAUGUGGCGGCCCUGAUGUACACGUAUAUCGUGUCAAUUAGCUGCGUGAUCUACCGGAAGAUCUGGCAUCCUGAUACCCUCCCGCCUCGUCGGUGGGAUAUGGGGCGGUGGGGAUUGGCUAUCAACAUUAUUGGGCUGUUGUAUUGUUGUUUCGCGCUCUUCUGGUCGCUCUGGCCCGGUGAUGCCGAAGUCACUCUGGAGAGCUUUAAUUGGAGUGUGGUUAUUUUUGUAGGAGUUUUCAUUAUCAGUCUUGGGAUGUAUAUCGUCAAGGGGCGGAAGGAAUAUGUUGGCCCAUCGGUUAUUGUUCAAAAGAAUGAGGGUUGA